AUGGGCGCAACCCCGUUUCAUCAUUCCGUCCUCGAGGUCCGGCUACCAAAGCACUUUAAUAAGCCAACAGACAUGAGGUACGAUGGAACCCAAGACCCACAGGAGCAUCUAAUGGCCUUUGAGGCCAGAAUGAACUUGGAGGGGGUAGGCGACGAGGUGAGGUGUCGGCUUUCCCGGUCACUCUGGCAGGACCUGCAAUACGCCAAAUUUACCACCCGUAUUGCAAAGGUGAAACACCCGAUCAACCUACUCGGGGUGACACAAAGGUCCGGUGAGCCGACCAGAAAAUACUUGGACAGGUUCAACGAUGAGUGUUUAGAGAUUGACGGCAUAACCGAUUCGGUGGCCAGUCUAUGUCUGACGAAUGGACUUCUGAAUGAGGAUUUCAGGAAGGAUCUCACCACGAAGCCGGUGUGGACGAUACAAGAAAUUCAAAGCAUGGUUAGGGAAUAUAUCAACGAUGAAGAAGUCAGUCAAGUGGUGGGAGCUAACAAGCGGCAGCCUGCCUACAACCAACCUCGGCAGCACGAAGUUUAUCAGCAGAUACCUGAGAAGGGAAUUCUGUCAAAGCCCCAACUUCUAAAGGACAGAAUCAGGGGUAACAAGAACCUCUAUUGUGAUUAUCACAAGGGUUAUGGACACAAAACACAUGAUUGUUUUGACCUAAAGGAUGCGUUAGAGCAGGCAAUCCGGGACAGAAAGCUAGCCGAAUUCUUCCACCUCACCAGGGAGCCGAGGAGGCGAGAUCGCAACCGCGAGGGAGAGGACAAGAGCCACAUGGUGAAGCGACGUCAGGAGCCGGAGGACCACGAGCACGAACGUGGCUCCAAGGUCGAGGUCGGUGCACAAGAAGGACGCCAAAGUCCUGGCAGUCUCAUCAUCCAUCCCCGUGCAAAACUCCAAGAGGACUCCGUCCAUAUCUUUCAGUCCAGAGGACCAAUGGUUUGA